CUUUCUAGGAGCUCCCCUUUGAGCCCACAGUCAUCUAUAGACAGUGAACUGAGCACCUCAGAGCUGGAGGAUGAUUCCAUCUCUAUGGGUUACAAGCUGCAGGACCUCACCGAUGUUCAGAUCAUGGCUCGUCUACAGGAAGAGAGCCUAAGGCAAGAUUAUGCUUCUACUUCAGCAUCUGUGUCAAGGCACAGUUCCAGCGUUUCUCUGCAUUCCUUAAAGAAAGGGACGUGCGGUGACCAGGAGUACGAUCGCUAUAGUCUUGAGGACGAGGAAGAGUUUGAUCACCUCCCGCCUCCGCAGCCUCGGCUCACCCGCUGCUCCCCCUUCCAGAGAGGGAUUCCUCACUCACAGACUUUCUCCAGUAUCCGGGACUGCAGGAGGAGCCCCACCUCCCCACACUUCCCUUCAAAUAAUUAUCAGCAGCCCUACUACUCUCCUCAAGCCCAAACUCCAGAGCAGCAACCAAAUAGGAUUAAUGGAGAUAAACUUCGAAGGAGCAUGCCCAACCUCGCUCGGAUGCCAAGUACCCCCACCAUGAGCAGCAGCUCUGGUUUUGCCAGCUCUCCAGUCGCUGUGAGGAACAGUCAGAGCUUUGAGUCCAAUUUGCAAGGGGCAAGUAAUGGGAUUUCAAGGAUGCAGUCAUGUAUUCCAUCACCGGGACAGCUUCAACACAGAGUUCACAGUGUGGGACAUUUUCCAGUGUCUGUCAGACAGCCUCUCAAAGCUACUGCCUACGUAAGCCCAACCGUACAAGGUAGUAGUAGUAGUAGUAGUAGCAGCAGCAGCAGCAGCAGUAUUCCGGUGUCCAACAACUCACAGUUAUAUUCUAACACUGGGAUCCCAAUGCCAAACAAGACUGCCAGUCAAGGGAUUGUAGGGCGCAGUGCUCUUCCAAGACCAUCGCUGGCCAUCAAUGGGAGUGGCAUACCCAGAAGUAAAAUUGCACAGCCAGUUCGAAGUUUUCUUCAGCCUCCAAAGCCACUUUCGUCACUCAGCACGUUGAGGGAUGGGAGCUGGAGAGACGGCUGCUAUUGAUGAAGGAUGCCCAUCAACAGUGGAAGAUAAAUAACGUCGAUUUCAUUACCCAGCUGGCUGGGUAACAAUGAUUUGGGAAAGGAGGGUCAUACAGUAUUAUUUCCCCCAGGAUUUUAAUGUGUAACCAUCCAUAAUGCAGUGUCAUUUUUAAAAAAUGAACAUCUUACCGAACUAAAUAUUGCACUUAAUGAGUUACCUGAAUAGCUGCGUUGUUACCAGACUAACAACGGCAGCGUUGGCAUUUGGAACUGAAGAAAGUAUUAUAUAUGUGCAAAGUACCAGAAUAUGUCCUUGGAAAGAACUAGGAGAUAAUGCUUUCAGGCAGCUUUGCCAUACUGAAAUUCCAAGAUUAUUUAUUCAGUGUAAAGGCAUCGUGCAUUUUAUUUUGAAUUUGGGGGUACUUAUGUACGUGCUUGAAUUUUUUUCUAGUGUUUCCAGUACAUUUUAUUUUGUAUACUUAAGUUCAUUUAAACUUGCCUGAACCUUGAACAACAGAGAGAUAAUUUAACUUUUCUGUGCCAUAAAUAAUAUUUUUGGGGUAAUGUACUUUUUUAGCGCUAGGAGCAUAUCUUACAAAAUCACACCACUGGCAAUACAAAGAAAGCAGUGUAUUUAUGUUGCAGAAGCACACACAAAAAAAGUAGCAUUCACUGGAAAGCGCCAUCCAGCUGGGUCAGCAUGGUUUCUGUUGGUCUUUCACCAUUUGUUCAAUUGUUAAUUUAUUGUCCUAGUGUUUUGUAUUUAAAAUGGCAGCAUAAGUCACAUUGCACUUACAAAGAUACAGUGAUCUCUAAAACUGCAGUUGAUUUUCAGUACUUUAUUACAAAGAAUAAAAUUGUAAUGUUUUAUUAACAGUUGCUUAUGGAAAAUGAAUUUUAAUGCGAAUAAAUCUUUUUGAUAGAUCUUUUACAAAAUCCAAUUGCACUAAUCAAUGCUUUCUUACAAUGGCAUAUGACUUAAUAUUUGAUUACAACUGUGUAUACGGCUGUUUUGGAAUGUUUCAGAAAUAAAGAAUCUAUUUCAGCAAUAA